CGCAACUGGAGUUUUCCCCAAGAAAAGAAAACCUCUCUAAAUUUGGGGCAUAGUUCUUCAUCCUCUGUGAAUGCAAAUAAAAAGAGUAAGACGAUAUUUAAUCCCUCUCGAUUUACUGUAUUUUCUCCGAAUUAGGGCUCGUUUAUUUGUUUGAUUUUCCAUUGAAUUCUCGAGAUUACAAGCCAAAACAAUGGAUAUCGGCUUCAGUGGACUUGAAUCGACGGCUCCUUUGAGGGGAGAACUCUUCAGUCAGUGCGCAACCGAGCAUCCCGGUGGCCUGUCGACUGCUCCCGAUUUUCAAAUUCCCCUGGCUAAUGAUUUUGAUAAGUUCCAGAAAGAAGCCGUUCAAAUGGUCAAGCCAGCAAAGGGAACCACGACCCUAGCUUUUAUUUUCAAUGAAGGAGUUAUGGUUGCCGCUGAUUCGCGGGCGAGCAUGGGCGGUUAUAUAUCUUCGCAAUCGGUGAAGAAAAUCAUUGAAAUCAACCCAUACAUGUUGGGGACUAUGGCUGGAGGUGCUGCUGAUUGCCAAUUCUGGCAUAGAAACUUGGGCAUUAAGUGCCGUCUGCAUGAACUUGCGAACAAAAGACGGAUUUCUGUCACAGGGGCAUCAAAGUUACUGGCCAAUAUCCUGUAUUCCUACCGUGGAAUGGGUUUGUCUGUUGGAACAAUGAUUGCAGGGUGGGAUGAGAAGGGUCCUGGUCUGUAUUAUGUUGAUAGCGAGGGUGGUAGGCUGAAAGGAAACCGCUUCUCUGUUGGAUCUGGUUCUCCAUAUGCUUAUGGUGUUUUGGACAGCGGGUAUCGUUAUGACAUGUCUGUUGCUGAAGCCGCUGAGUUGGCUAGGCGUGCAAUCUACCAUGCUACAUAUCGUGACGGUGCUAGUGGUGGUGUUGUCAGCGUUUACCACGUAGGACCCAACGGGUGGAAGAAGCUCUCUGGUGAUGAUGUAGGUGAAUUGCAUUAUCAAUACUUUCCAGUUGAGCCGACUACUGAACAUGAGAUGGUUGAUGCCGCGGCUUAAGGAUGUCCUGGAUCCGAGCGCUGAAAUUUGUAUCUGAUCUCAGAUAUUAUGGCCAAUUUAAUUUAGAAGAUAUCAAGUUUCUGACGUGAAGAUUUAAUUAUGGCUAAACAAUUAUUUUCCCCUGCUUUUGUUUUUCUCCACUGAUUAUGAACUUUUGUAGAGAGUUUGCUCUGAAAUGGACAGCGUUGCAUGUUUAUCCUUUUUGGCUGCAGUUGUGUGAAUGAAAACAGGGUUCUACUGGAUUCGGGCUAUUAUGUUCUUUGAUGUGUGUUCAUUUUCUCAGAUGGGCUUUUAUUCCUUCGUGUAGUUUUUUGUCUUUAUUUUGUGAUUUUGUGGUGCAUGUGAUGGUAGUUUUCGUUUGAUAUUUUUGUGGAUUUCUUAUUUUGUUUUCCAGUCAAAAUUUGUAUGCUUGCUUCACAUGUCAGGGGGUGGUUUUGGAAGGAGAUUGGGGUAGAUUAGAAUGUUGCAUUGUAGAAUGGCUAUACCUGGUAGAUGAAUAAUGUUGUGGAGGUCUGGCAUGUGGGAAUAUGUUGAUGUGUGCUUCCCAAUUCGUAGGGCAACAAGGCUUUAUAGUUUAUACUACUCUUUGGACAGUGGAUCUUGGUUCAACUGGCGAGUAGUCGUGUUAUGGACAUCCUUGAUAAGUCACCUUUCCUCUUAGACUAAAAAUUACUACAAGGAUAUAUAAUAUAUAGACAAAUUAGGACUUUGAUAUUGACUUUGAAGGAUUGAAUGUGACAUACACCAAAGAUUACUCGCUUCUGUAAUGAUGGAAGGUAAAAAAGCUGUCUCUACAUAAGAAAAAAAAGAAGAAAAGAAGAAAGUGCAAUGGCUGGUUUGCUUGGUGGCUAAUUUAAUGUAUUGAUUGCCCCUUUUAGCCAAUAUAAAAUCAGGUAAUGAGGAUAGUGGGGGACUUUGCCUCAAUGUGUAAGCUGCAAUUUAAACAAAUUCAAAGUACUAGGAAAUGAGAAGAGUAGGAAUACAUGAUUUGUAGUUUGGAGUAGUGGGGGGUUUUGAUUUCCCUUCACUACAAAGCAUCUAUCUUAUUUUUAUGUAGGUGUUUCUUGUCGCCCCUACUCUCUAUGGUUGUAAAAACGAAAGUUGUUCCCUCGAAAAAUUCACCAAGUAUUUGCAAAAUUGAAUUUCUUAUGGUGCAAAGUUGAUAAUGUUAUUUUACUAAAUUGUGAUUCUAAUGUCAGUAAUUGAUUUGAUAAUGAUAGUUCGACAAAAUUGUAAUCCUGUGUCCUAUUCGUUUCACUUGUGGAAGUUACCAAAAGCGUAUACAAUCUUGCUCCCCCCAUAUCCAGAAAACGAAUUAUGACUAUAGUAAUCAAAUGCAAAAAAUUGGGCAUGGUAAUGUGUGUUCAGUGAUGAAUUUUACGGCUGAAAACCAGUGUUCAGUGCCCAAUGUCCGACGAGAAAAUCGGCCCAAUCUCCUUGCAGCACCUACCUCUUCUCCUGACAAUUUUGCCACCAAUCAUCCUCUUUGAUGGCAAACGAAGGAAUAAAUUCUGUAUACGACGGUGGAAGAAUGAAGAGGAUGAGUUAUAUUUUACAUCUCGUUUUAACAAAUUUUUGUUCUUCUAGAUAGUUAUAGUCAUUAGUAGUAGUAUAGUAGUACUCCCUCCAUUCACAAAUAGAUGUCGUUGGAGGAAAACUCAAAUAUUCCAAAAUAGAUGUCAUUCUCACAAAUCGAGGCGUAUUUUGUCAAUUUUUUC